CUACUCCAUCCACCUUUCCCUCCCCAACCCCUCUCGUCCUCUCGUUGCACGAUCACCGCCGAACCACCAGCCGGGAUACCGCUCUCCACCCCGAGCCGUCUCGAAGGGCUCGAGACGGUCCGCUGAUGGGGGCAGGAAAGGCGCGACAGGCGCGGGAAAUGGGACAUUGGAUGGGGAUAUGCAGGGGCUUCUAGAUGUGGACAACGACGAUGGCUGGGAGGAAGCUGAGCUGAGCUGAGCUGAGCUUGGAGGAUGGGAGAUAGGGAAUGGAAUGGAGGGGGACAGACGCGCACACGACGCGCGGAUACGAGGACACCACCACUACCACCAUCAAGACGACAAGCAGCAUCUGGAUCGCACACCCACAGUGCGACCAAGCUCCCUGCGCGUCAUGUCGGCGCUCCCAUCUCUGGUCGGUCCUGCAGCGACCAGCCAGGAGGUUACCCACCCCUUUCAGGGCAUUAGCAUCACAUCUGGAGAUAUCGUGCAUGCAGAACCUGCAGAGGCACGACUCGAUCCCCGCGCCUGCAGGCGAAACGCCAGAUGUUAUGCGAGUGCUGAGCGCGGAGGGGAGCCGUGGUGCCGGUGGUGCGGGGAGGGGGUUCUAUAGCUUGAUAUGGCCCGUUUGAGGGGGUCGAGAUCGAGGAG